GAAGGUUCCCAUAAGUACAGAGAGCAAGGGAGCAAAGAAGAGAAGGCAAAGAAAGGCAAAGAAAAGAAAAGAAACAAAGAAAAGAAGGCAUAUUUAGCUAUGGCUUCUUCAAUGAUCUCUUCGGCCACCGUUGCCACCGUUAGCCGUGCCACCCCAGCACAGGCCACCUUGGUCGCACCCUUCACUGGCCUCAAGUCCGCUGCUGCUUUCCCCAGCACCAAGAAGGCCAACAACGACAUUACCUCCAUCACCAGCAACGGUGGAAGAGUUCAGUGCAUGAAGGUGUGGCCACCAAGGAACGUGAAGAAAUUCGAGACCCUUUCCUACCUUCCACCUCUUUCCGUUGAGUCAUUGCUCAAGGAAGUUGAGUACCUCCUAAGAAAUGGAUGGGUUCCCUGCUUGGAAUUCACCAUCAAUGACCCCUUUGUGUCCCGUGAUAACAACAGAUCCCCAGGGUACUAUGAUGGACGUUACUGGACCAUGUGGAAGCUGCCCAUGUUCGGGUGCACUGAUGCCACUCAGGUGAUUGGUGAGGUUGAGGAGGCCAAGAAGGAGUACCCCGACGCUCACAUCAGAAUCAUUGGCUUCGACAACAACCGUCAAGUGCAGUGCAUCAGUUUCAUUGCCUACAAGCCCCCAUCCUAAGCCAAACGCUGUCGUUUUGUAUAGCUAAUAAAGUGGGUCAUCUGCUACCCUCUUUUGAGCUAUAUAAUUAUAUAUAAACAAAAGGGUCUGCGGUCUGUUUGAUUAAAUUUGUAUUUAGGCUUUUGGAAGACCCUUUUAUUUUCUUCUCUUUUUUUUACUUCUUAAUUUCCUUUGUUUUCUAUCAUUUUGUACUUUGGAUUUUUCGAUCGGAACAAUUCGUAAUUUGCUUUUCAAUUUCUGUUUCUCGAACUUCCAAUGUGGUUGAGAAUUUGUCAUUAAUAAAUUAAGCAUAUUACUGUU